UCAUGGAAAGCGCAUUUAGGUUGAAUCAAAGUACGAUCAUACACGUGCGUGUCAGUGUUCGUUUUGUUUAAAACUAAAAUUUAUUAAUAAAAAUGGAGAAAGAAAAAUCUUCCAAGUCAGAGCCUGAGGAGUCUUUAGAUGCAUCUGGGAUUCAAGAGUCUAGUUAUGAAGAAAAACUACAAAAUGUCAAUACCAUAGCCAAGCCGAUGGCACCCAAGAAGUUAACCAAAAAGAUAUACAAGUGUAUAAAGAAAGCAUCAAAGCACAAAACCUACCUUAGGAAUGGUCUAAAAGAUGUUCAAAAACAUAUUCGCAAGGGUGAACGAGGAAUAGUAGUUUUUGCUGGAGAUGUAUUUCCAAUAGAAAUAAUGUGCCACUUACCAAUUGUAUGUGAAGAUAAAGAGCUUCCUUAUUGCUUUACCCCAUCGAGACAAGAUAUUGGUGCAGCAAUGGGAGUUAAGCGUGGCAGUCUAAUGGUACUCAUUAAAGAGCAUCCUGAUUAUAAAGAUAUUUAUGAUCAAAUUAAAACAUCAAUGGCAACUCUUGCUACUCCAUUAUAGGUAUAAGAAAUAACAGUAUCUACAGUGCAGUGUACAUUGUGAACUAUUUUUUAUUAUGCAAAGAGAAAUAAGUACUACAUUUAUGUUCAACAAUGGAAAGAUAAAAUUAUCUAAUGCUGUAUUUUUGGCAAGAGCCAAACACUGAAACUGCAUUUCUACAAAUACAAGAAUUAUUUUAUAAAUAAAUUGAUUACCUUAA